UACAAAACAAAAAAUGUUCUGCAAAUCUUAAAUUGCAAAACUUCUGAGAGAAUUGAGAGAGAAACAACUGAAAAUCAAAAAACGAAUUUUACAGAGAGGAGGCUACCAAAUCUACAAUUCUGAUCAGGUAUCUAACAAAUACUUUAAUUUUUCAGACAUUAAUCUUGAAUCAUGCUCUCUAAUUUUCUUUUGUAAAGCUCUGUGGAAGUUAAUUUACUUUAAUUUUUCAGAAUUUAUUCCUUGAAUUAUGCUUUCUGAAACUAUGUUUAUAUAUUUUUCUUUUUGUAAUUGAUUCUAGGCUCAAUGUCACGCCCAAUUAAGAACAAAGGAUUUGAUGAUACACCAUUGUGGAGUCAUGUUGAGGUUCUAUCCACACCCACUGGUGGAGGUGGUAAUAGGGUGUGGAGAUGCAAAUAUUGUAAUAAAACAGUAACUUCUUCCUAUUCCAAGGUUAAAGGGCAUUUGCUAAAAAUUCCCAACCAAGGUGUUCAAGCUUGCAAGGGAAUAACAGAGGACAUAUACCGUGAGAUUAAGAAAGAAAAUGAUGAAGCUGAACAUAAGAAAAGGAAUUUGUCUCUGAGUGUAAAACAAAAGCAGGAUUAUAUUUCUCUUCCUGAAGGUUCUGAUUUAGUUCAACCAAAGAAAAGAAAAGGGUCACUGGAGAUGUCCUUCAAUGUGUUAGAAAGAGAAGAAGCUGACAAAGAAUGUGCCAUGAUGUUCUAUACAGGUAUGCUAUCCUUUAAUUUUGCAAGAAAUUCAUACUUUAGAAAAUAUUCUCAAAGCCAAAGGUUAACCAUGAUGUUCUAUAUAGGUAUGCUAUCCUUUAAUUUUGCAAGAAAUCCAUACUUUAGAAAAUAUUCUCAAAGGUUGGCCAAUGGAAAUCUUCAUGGGUAUGUUCCUCCUACUUUUGAGAGACUUCGAACAACUUUACUAGUCCAAAUGAGAGCACAUGUUGACAAGUUACUACAACCGAUCAGAGAUAAUUAGGUCAAAAAAGGUGCAUCAAUAUGUUCAGAUGGUUGGCAAGAUCGUCACUCAAAGCCUUUGGUGAACAUCAUGAUAGCUUCUGCUGCCGGUCCGAUGUUCCAGAAAGCAAUUGAUGCUACUGAGGUGCUUAGUAAAGAUGCUGAAUAUUUGGCAGGUGUGUUUACUGAAGUAAUAGAAGACAUUGGUGAAAGUAAAGUUGUGCAGGUCAUAACUGAUAAUGCAUCUAAUUAUAAAGCUGCUGGAGCAAUAAUUGAAAGAAAAUUUCCUAACAUUUUUUGGACACCUUGUGUUGUUCAUUGUUUGAAUUUGGUUCUCAAAUCCAUAUGUGAACCUAAUGAGAGAGCUUCUCACUAUAUUGAAUGUCAGUGGAUAUCACAGUUGGUGCAUCAAGUGAAUGAAAUCAACUAUUUCAUCCUAAAUCAUGGUUUAUCAACUACUAUUUUUGAGCGUUAUGCAGAUGUGAAACUCUUAAAAGUAGCUGAAACUAGAUUUGGUUCAAAAAUUGUGAUGGCCACAAGGAUACAAAGGUUGAAAGAUGCUCUUGAAAAAACUGUGAUGGACCCCGAUUGGAAGAAAUUUAAGGUGAAUGGGAGGAAUCCCAUUGAACUUAAAGCUAGAGAGGUGAAAGAUUUGUUGGUUAGUGAUGCAUGGUGGGAUCAAGUUGAUUAUCUACUCAAGUUUACAGAGCCAAUGAUGAAUUUUUUAAGGGCCGCUGACAUGGACUCUUCGGUGUUGCACUUAGUGUAUGAUAUGUGGGAUACUAUGAUAGAAGAAGUCAAGAAAAUUAUUUUUGAGCAUGAAGGUGUCGACUUAGUGUCAGGUCAGUCAAGUUUUUUUGAUGCAAUUCAGCAUGUCAUCGAGUCAAGAUGGAACAAGAGCAACACACUACUACAUUGUAUGGCACACUCAUUAGUUCCUAGGUACUACACUGAAGAAUGGCUUCAAGGAGGGGGAAACAGCAUUCGAAGAGUUGCUCCAAAUGAAGAUGAAGAGGUCUCAACAAACAGAAACAAGUGUCUACAAAGACUUUUCCCCAAUUCAGAUGAUGCUCGAAGAGUCUUUUUAGAAUAUGGUACAUUUUCUGGCAGUUUAGAAAACUUCAGCGAGCCUCACGUCACGACAGCCAGGGCAUAUGAAGACCCUUUGUCAUGGUGGGCUAACUAUGACUCCACAACUCCAUUGUUGCAGAGCCUAGCUUUUAAACUUCUUUCAUAGCCUGCUUCUUCUUCUUGUUGUGAGAGGAACUGGAGCACAUUUGGAUCCAUUCAAACUGUGAAAAGAAAUAGGCUGGCAUCUAAAAGGUUGGAAGAUCUUGUUUACAUUCACAACAACUUAAGAUUGCUUUCUCGGAAGCAAAAAGAGUACACUGAUGGUCCAUCCAGAUAUUGGGAUAUUGGGGAGACACUAUGGAUGGUGAUAGCAUAUUGGAAGUUGCUGAGCUUUCCCUAAAUGAGCCUGAGAUCGAAGCCAUUUCUUUUGACUUAUGAGCUUAAGUUGUCGGCUGAUGUUAGAGACGAUUUGAUGUUGUGGAAGUGUUUUUUUACUUUUUAUGCACUAGAUUUCCAUUGGACCUUUGAUAUUUGGUUUUCCAUUGAACCUUUGAUUGUUGAAUGUUAACUUUCUAAUUUUAAUGCACUUGAUGCAAUUGUU